AUGUCCCUCUCGAGGUCUCCAUCACCACUACCGAAUGGAGGAUGGACUUCCAAAGGCUUGACGGACCGAAGUUCUACACCCAACAGCCUAUACAGCAAUGGGAACGGUUUCAGCAACACUGAUGAUCAAUGGGCCGCCGCGAAAGCGAGGAGUGCCCAGAUCAGAGGCCGUCCGAGUAUCCAGACCAAAAAUGAAGGCUUCUUUCAAAGAUCCAAGAGGAAGAUUUCUACCUUGCCUGUUUUCAAUAGUCCAUAUACCCCGUUAUCGUCGAAUUGGAAAGACCCAGAGAAACUCGGUCGAAGCCGGUGGACACCGGGAGGGGAAGGUGGUCUUCCUAAGCUGAAGACAUUCCUGGGGAAUGUGUUACGGAAAUUCAGAUUUCUCUUCAUUAUCCUGGCUCUGGUCACGCUUACAACUCUGAUAAUGUCACAGACGAAUGUCCGUGGCAGAUACCGCAGCAAUUCCAGGUUGGGUGGUGGAAGCAAAUUUGUCAUCAUUCUUGGAGCCAAUGAAGGCGGUGGUGUCAUGGAAUGGAAAGGUCCACGGGAAUGGGCUAUCGAGAGAGACAGUAUCAAGAACAAGAAGAAAUAUGCGGAUCGUUGGGGCUACCACCUGGAGGUCAGCGACAUGAGUACCAAGAAACGCUAUGCUCAUGAAUGGAGAGAAAGCUGGGAGAAGGUCGACCUCGUACGCAAUGCUAUGGCGCGAUACCCUAGUGCGGAAUGGUUCUGGUGGCUCGACUUGAAUACCUUCAUAAUGGAGCCAUCGUAUUCACUGCAGUCGCAUAUCUUCGCCAAUCUCAAUGACAACGUCUACCGGGACAUCAAUGUGUACAACCCUCUUAAUAUCACGCAUCCCCCCGAGACCGGCUUUCUCGAUAUCGUGGCCCGAUCACCAACUGGUGACAAUCUCACCUCUUCCAUCGACAUCAUUAUUCCACAAGACUGUGAUGGAUUUAACCUGGGGUCUUUCUUUGUCCGAAGAUCCCAAUUCACCGAUCGUCUGCUUGAUAUGUGGUGGGAUCCGGUUCUCUAUGAGCAGAAGCAUAUGGACUGGGAGCAUAAGGAGCAGGAUGCGCUUGAGCACCUUUAUGCAUCCCAACCGUACAUGAGAAACCAUUUCGCAUUCAUUCCUCAACGAAAGAUCAAUUCUUUCCCUCCUGGAGCUUGUGGUGGUGAAGCAAACGCAGGAGAGAACCCGCUUCUCAAUCCCCGGUUCCAUUAUAAUGAGGAUGAGCGUGACUUUUUGGUCAAUAUGGCAGGUUGUCAAUGGGGUCGGGAUUGUUGGUCCGAGAUGUACUCGUACCGGGAGCUCAGUAACAAGCUCAAUCAACCAACAAGUGAAAAAAUCAAGAGUUCUAUACAGAGAAGUUGGUCUGGCUUCAAGAACUCUAUAUUUGCUUCAGAUGACAAAACACCCAAAAGACAACAAUCAUGA